AUGACUAGAACCUCUGUUUUGGCUGACGCCCUCAACGCCAUCAACAACGCCGAAAAGACCGGAAAGAGACAGGUCUUGAUCAGACCUUCUUCCAAGGUGAUCAUCAAGUUCCUCACCGUUAUGCAAAAGCACGGCUACAUUGGAGAAUUCGAAUACAUUGACGACCACAGAUCCGGAAAGAUUGUUAUCCAAUUGAACGGUAGACUCAACAAGUGUGGUGUCAUCCAGCCAAGAUUCAACGUCAAGAUCAACGACAUCGAGAGAUGGACUGCUAACUUGUUGCCAGCUAGACAGUUCGGUUACGUUAUCCUGACCACCUCUGCUGGUAUCAUGGACCACGAGGAGGCCAAGAGAAAGCACGUUUCUGGUAAGAUCCUUGGUUUCGUCUACUAG